AUGCAUCUCUUCAAAACUUCAAUCGUUUUCGUGUCUCUCUUCCUGUUCGGGGCAACUUCCGCAAUCGCUGUAGCAGUACCAAUACCGAACCUCGAAGAAAGAGCCGGUAAGCCUACUGGAGGGCCAGCGAGGGCCAAUGUUAUCGUAUACGCCGGACCAUACACUUGCUCUGAUCCAAACACACCUCCGCCUACUGACGGCAGUGCUGGAACUGGCAAGACCUAUCUCGGCGUGACGGAGAACGUAUGCACAAUCCUCAACCCAUUUCUCAGCAUCACUGGCGCCGUCACUGCAAAUCUGGUUCAACCUCCGAAGACUGGCACGGCUGGUUGUUAUAUCGAAAUGUACAAGGAGGCUGGUUCCAUCACCAAUUCACCCGCCUUACCACACCACCAAUCCUCCCACCGCACCACCGCACCACCAAUGCCCAACCCCUCCAUAACACUCACCCCCACAAUCUCCCAAACCCUCGUCCCGCAACUCACAACCACAAUCAGUUUAACCCUUGAAGUCAAGAUCGUUCACGAUGACGACGAUCUGAAGCUUGCUAUAGCUCAAGCAGUCAUCUUGCGAUGCAUUGUGGCGCUUGUGGGUGAGAUGUUGGCAUUUUGGAGACUUGAUGAGGAAGUUGAUUGA